GGCAUCUCCGGAUCGACUGCUGCAGGCUUUCGGACAGCAGCACCGGCAGCAGCACCGACAGCAGAACCGACAGCAGGUUCGCUCGCGAUAGCUGAACCAGCGCAGCCCGAACCGCUGCAUACGCUCUUCAGGAACACCAUGGCGCUGCUCGACAUUCUUCGGCAUCUGUGGACUCAGAUCCAGCAGAUGCUCUGGCUGACAUGGGUUUUCUGGCUCAGGGAUUUAUGGGACAGAAGGGAAGACCAGGUCCUCCGCGAGGCUCUCCACAAUGCCACCGACUAUGCAACCUGGCUCAGCACCGCCCAGCAGCUGGAUAUCAUCACAGGAGCGGAAGGAUGGAAAGCCAAGGUCAAAUCGAAAGACUAUGACUAUAAUCUGAUUCAGGACAGGCUUCGCCAUCUCCGCGAAGUGCGGCAGCGCAACGACAUCCGAAAUAUGAUCUACUUGCUGCGAUCGGGACUGCUGAGGAACAUUGGUGGGCUGGUGGACGUCAAGCUCUUCCGACGGUCGUUCAUAGGGACAAAGAAACUCAUUGAGGACUACCUGAAUGAAGUCGUGGCCCACAUCGAGUACAUAUCCGACAGCGACAUUGACGAGCUAUCGAUCCAGGAAAAGAUCGACUUCUUCACCGACACUCGCCAGAGCUUUGGAAGAACUGCCCUGUUGCUGCAUGGCGGCGCAACCUUCGGGCUCUACCACCUCGGCGUUGUCAAGACGCUCUUUGAGCACGGCUCACUGCCGCGAAUCGUCAGCGGCUCUUCAGUUGGCGCUCUCAUCGCCGCCUUGGUGUGCAUCCGGACGGAUGAGGAGCUUCCGUCCAUUUUUCGCCCAGAUGGAAUCAAUCUCAAGGCAUUUGCGCGCAAAGGGUCGCGCGGCAACGUGCGUCGGAAGGUUACUCGGUUCCUGAAACACGGAUAUCUCAUGGACGUCAAGGUACUAGAAGACUGUGUCCGAAGCAACGUGGGUGACAUCACCUUUGAAGAAGCGUUUCAGAGAACCAAGCGGAUGCUCAACAUCACUGUGGCCUCAUCGCGCAACAAUGAGGUUCCAAAGUUGCUCAACUACCUGACGGCUCCGAACGUGCUCAUCUGGAGUGCUGCUUGCGCUUCAGCGGCGUCGGUUGGCCUCUACGAUGUCGUGGUCCUUCUGGCCAAAGAUAAGCACGGCAACAUUGUCAACUGGAGCCCGCAAGCGAUCAAAUGGGACCCGAUCCAGAGCGAGAUCGAAACACCAGAAACCCGGCUCUCGGAGCUCUUCAACGCCAACCACUUUAUCCUAUCGCAAGCGAGCCCCUACAUCGCACCGUUUCUGGCCCGUGGGCCGCAGACGCCCAGGGAGCGGGUAUCGACCCUGACCGGAAAGAUCUCCAUCUUUAUCGCCUCCGAGAUUCGACACCGCCUUUCGCAGCUUUCGCAUCUCGGGCUGCUCCCACCCGUCAUCCGCGGCAUGUUCGAUCAAAAGUUCGAGGGGCACGUCACCAUUUCCCCACAAGCCUCCUCGAUGGAUUUCUAUACACUCUUUUCCAAUCCAACGUAUGCGUCGAUGCAGUACUGGAUCACCAAGGGCGAGCAGGCCACAUGGCCGUUCUUGUGCAUGAUCAAAUGCAGAACGAUGAUUGAGCUGGCGUUGGACAGAGCGCUGAUCAAGGUGAGGGCCGAGGCCAAGCGCCAGUCCGGCCCGUCCAAAACGAUACUCAAGCACACAGUAGCCCCAUCGCGCAGCUGGACCAAGCGCAAGUCAAUCUACUGAGGAGCGGGAUCGGGUGGUCGGUGCUUUCGGCAAGGGAUGUAUGUCCCUUCGCUUGUCGAGUCGGCGAGCCAAAACACAUUCCCACGGAUAUGCUCCACGGUUGUCGGAUGGAGCGCUGUGCAUGUCCAUUGUCUGGCGUGAGCUCCCCCCCCCCAUGUGCCCACCAUGCAGUCUUCGUUCUGAAGCUGCGAGCAUCGCUUGAUGGCUUCCCACUGUUUCGUCCUUCGAACACUGCGAUGUCGCACGGCCUGCCUUUUCCGGAACAUCACGUGUCGCUCGAGCCAGUCGAGCCAG